AUGUUCGCUUUGAGGAAUGUCGCGUUGAGCUUUUCCCUUUUCCUUUCUAUUCCUGUUAGACUGAUGACGGCUUGUACAACACGCUCUAUUUCGUGCGCCUCAGCGUUUGUCGAUUCUAAAUUUCUUGCAAGCUGCUGGACUACGGCCUUGUCAAGGGCUGGUCCCAUGAAAAAAAGAUUCAGCAAUCUCGAGCAUUUGCUCAUGUAG